AUGCAGCGGAUCUUCCUGAGCUCGCCUGCGGAUUGGCGACUUGGACCAUCAGCUUAUCGCUACACAACCAUUGGCCCUGAUCCCUUUGCCACGUUGUUAUUGGCCCGCAGACUGGACGGUCGCCGCCUCUCCAGGGCGAUGUUCCCGCCGCCGCAACUUCGGGCAAACUGGAACCCGCCUGGAGUCGAUUAUGUAAUGGUUAUGACUGUCGCGGUGGCUUUAUUUCCCUUUCCGGCUAGCUCUUCCGUUGUACCUCGGCCGUUGAGGGCGGAUCUUCUGCUGACCGACCGUUGA